UGGCUCGUGCGGGGUUACAAAAGCUUGGCAGCAGAGCGGCUCCGCAUUUAUAAUAUUACCUGGGGUUAGCAAUGAAGAACACUUUCAUAUCGGAUAACGUUACAUAAAAGGUAAAAGCAGGUCUGCCGGCUGAGGAGCUGUGGUCGGGUUAUGGGCUGUUUCUGGAGUUGUGAGUGUGACACUGCUCAGAGUAAUCGGACGGCCACUAAUACCUGCUGCUGCUAACAGGAGACGAUGGGGGAAGUUUCUUCACAGAGUCCCUGUCAGGCCAGAUCUGCACCUCCGGCUGACCACUGAGUCGGUGUUUUUCGGGAGGCCUCUGUUGAGUCCCAGAGGAAGGAGACAUGGCCAACAACUCUUUUCGUGGGUCCAAACAUGGCCGUCGUGGCGAGGCCAACCACGAGGCGGAGUUCCGCUGCUCGUUACAGGAGCUGCGCUCCCUCAUGGAGCUGAGAGGAGAGGAGUCAGUGACCAAGAUCAAGGAGAGCUACGGAGAUGUGAGCGGACUGUGUGCCAGACUGAGAACGUCCCCUAUCGAAGGUUUAGCUGGAAACUCUGAGGACAUCGACCGAAGGAUAGAGGAGUUUGGACAGAACCUCAUCCCUCCUAAAACGCCCAAAACUUUUUUGCAGUUAGUGUGGGAAGCCCUUCAGGAUGUCACGCUUAUCAUCUUGGAGGUGGCAGCCAUCAUUUCACUAGCCCUUUCUUUCUACAAUCCGCCCGGUGGUGACAGGCACAGCUGUGGGAAAGCGGCUGGUGGCUUCGAUGCCGAGGCUGAGGAGGAGGAGACUGGAUGGAUCGAAGGCGCUGCCAUCCUGCUGUCAGUGGUCUGCGUUGUUCUGGUGACAGCCUUCAACGACUGGAGCAAAGAGAAGCAGUUCCGCGGGCUCCAGAGCCGCAUCGAGCAGGAGCAGAAGUUCAGCGUCGUCCGAGGUGGGCAGGUGAUCCAGAUCAAAGUGUCAGAGAUCGUGGUCGGAGACAUCGCACAGGUCAAAUACGGUGACCUCCUGCCUACUGACGGCGUCCUGAUUCAGGGCAACGAUCUGAAGAUUGACGAGAGCGCUCUGACAGGAGAAUCGGAUCACGUCAAGAAGACUGUCGACAAAGACCCCAUGUUGCUGUCAGGUACCCAUGUGAUGGAGGGCUCUGGCAAGAUGUUGGUCACCGCUGUAGGUGUGAACUCUCAGACUGGAAUCAUCUUCACGCUGCUUGGUGCUGCUGAAGAAGAGGACGGUGAAGGUGACCAUGAGGAGAAGGCUGAGAAAGAGAAGAAAGAGGAGCGGAAAAAGAAGAGGGACAAGAGAAGUAAAAGGGAUGACAAAGGAAAGAAAGGGAAAAACAAGGAUGGACCCACGGUGGAGAUGCAGCCGCUCAACGCGGACGGAGAACCAAAGAAAAAACUACCAAAGAAGGACAAGUCGGUCCUCCAGGGGAAGCUGACCAAACUGGCUGUGCAGAUCGGCAAAGCAGGUCUGUUCAUGUCGUCUCUCACUGUCCUCAUCCUCAUCACUCGCUUCCUAAUCGAUACCUUCGUGAUUCAGGGGAUCGACUUCACCCAAGAGUGUCUGCCCAUCUACGUGCAGUUCUUUGUCAAGUUCUUCAUCAUCGGUGUGACUGUGCUGGUGGUGGCCGUGCCCGAAGGUCUCCCUCUGGCCGUCACCAUCUCCCUGGCCUAUUCAGUCAAGAAAAUGAUGAAGGACAACAACCUGGUCCGCCACCUGGACGCAUGUGAGACGAUGGGCAAUGCCACGGCCAUCUGCUCCGACAAGACGGGCACGCUCACUAUGAACCGCAUGACGGUGGUGCAGACCUACAUCGGAAGUCGCUACUACAAAAAGUUGCCGGAGCCGGAUCUGAUCCCUGCCAUGAUCCUGGACCUGCUAGUCCAGGGCAUCGGGGUCAACUGCGCCUACACCAGCAAGAUUAUGCCGCCAGAGAAGGAGGGCGGGCUGGCUCGCCAGGUGGGAAACAAGACUGAAUGUGCCUUACUGGGAUUCUCCCUCGACCUGCGCCGAGACUACCAGACCAUCCGCAACGAAAUACCAGAAGAGAGACUGUUCAAGGUCUACACCUUCAACUCUGUGAGGAAGUCCAUGAGCACGGUGCUAAAGAACCCCGAUGGUAGCUACCGAAUGUACAGCAAGGGGGCUUCUGAGAUCCUGCUCAGGAAGUGCUCUAAGAUCAUGAUGGGGCCCGGCAAAGCCAAAAGCUUCAAACCUCGGGACCGAGAUGACCUGGUGAGGAAGGUGAUUGAGCCGAUGGCGUCGGAGGGCCUAAGAACCAUCUGCCUGGCCUACAGAGACUUCCCCGCCGCUGACGGAGAGCCUGACUGGGAUGAUGAGGCCCACAUCCUCACCAACCUCACCUGCAUCAGCGUGGUCGGCAUCGAGGAUCCCGUACGACCUGAGGUACCGGAAGCCAUCAGAAAGUGCCAGCGGGCCGGGAUCACUGUCCGCAUGGUGACCGGAGACAACAUCAAUACUGCCCGGGCCAUCGCUAUCAAAUGUGGCAUCCUGCAACCUGGAGACGACUUCCUGUGUAUGGAGGGCAAAGAGUUCAACCGGCGGAUCCGCAACGAGCUGGGAGAGAUUGAGCAGGAGCGUAUUGAUAAAAUUUGGCCGAAGCUGAGAGUCCUCGCCAGAUCAUCUCCAACGGACAAACACACUCUGGUCAAAGGUAUCAUCGACAGCACUGUGCUGGAGAAGAGGCAGGUUGUCGCGGUAACUGGAGACGGAACCAACGACGGCCCCGCCCUCAAGAAAGCGGACGUCGGCUUCGCCAUGGGCAUUGCCGGGACGGACGUGGCGAAGGAGGCGUCUGACAUCAUCCUGACAGACGAUAACUUCAGCAGCAUCGUGAAGGCCGUGAUGUGGGGCAGGAACGUCUACGACAGCAUCUCAAAGUUCCUGCAGUUCCAGCUCACCGUCAACGUGGUCGCAGUCAUCGUGGCCUUCACCGGAGCCUGCAUCACACAGGACUCUCCUUUGAAAGCUGUGCAGAUGUUGUGGGUCAACCUCAUCAUGGACACCUUCGCUUCACUGGCUCUCGCCACCGAGCCGCCCACCGAGGCGCUGCUGCUCAGGAGCCCGUACGGCCGAGACAAGCCGCUCAUUUCCCGCACUAUGAUGAAGAACAUCCUGGGACAUGCCGUCUACCAAUUGACUGUUAUCUUCACCCUGCUCUUCGUAGGCGAGAAGUUGUUUAACCUCGACAGUGGCAGGAACGCCCCGCUCCACGCCCCGCCCUCGGAGCACUACACCAUCGUGUUCAACACGUUUGUCCUGAUGCAGAUCUUCAACGAGCUCAACGCCCGCAAGAUUCACGGCGAGAGGAAUGUCUUCGAGGGCAUCUUCAACAACCCCAUCUUCUGCUCCAUCGUCCUGGGAACCCUCAUCAUACAGGUCGUCAUCGUGCAGUUUGGUGGUAAACCGUUCAGCUGUGUGCGGCUGAGCCUCGAUCAGUGGCUGUGGUGUGUCUUCCUGGGUGUCGGCAGCCUCCUGUGGGGACAGCUGGUGUCCAGCAUCCCCACGCGCUGGCUGAGGUUCCUGAAGACGGCUGGUCACGGCACGCAGCAGGAGGAGAUCCCCGAGGAGGAGAUGGAGGAGAUGGAGGACCAGGACGAGAUCGACCACGCUGAGAUGGAGCUGAAGAGGGGCCAGGUGCUCUGGUGCCGUGGCCUCAACCGCAUCUCCACGCAGAUCCGCGUGGUGAACGCCUUCAGAGACAGCGUGUCUCCCUACGAAGGUCUGGAGACGCCCGAGUCUCGCAGCUCCAUCCACAGCUUCAUGAGCCACCCCGAGUUCCGCAUGGAGGACUCGGUGAACCACAUCCCGCUGAUCGACGAGGCCGAGUGCGAGGACGACCCUCCCAUCAAACGGAACUCCAUGGUCCUCCCGCCGCAGCUGAGCGGCCUGUCCACGCUGCCGCCCCCCCCGGCCUCGCCCAACCAGAACAACAACAGCACGGCCGCCGCCGCCGCGGAGCACAGCGCCCCGCUGCCCGGCAUGAUCGCGCCCAACUCAGCGGGGCUGUCGCCGUGUCCGGGGAGCCCGAUGCACAGCCUGGAGACCUCACUCUGAAGGAGACCUGACCCGACCACUUCCUGUUACCGUGGUCUGUUCAUUCUGGGUUUUUACGGCGAGAGUUAACCGGUUAUUCUGAGAUCGUUUUUAAAAAAAACAUUUUUUUUAAAACAGACUCUUCUGAUUGGUUCUCGUCAGGAGAUCGCCUGCUGUUUGUUUUUAGAGUCCAGGAAGCAGAGAUGUGUCCAGAUGUGUUUGUGCUGAUGUGUGCUGAGCGGCAGCUGUGUGUUCACACAGACUGACGUUUCCUUCUUUCUGUUAAUAGAGAUGAACUCUGCGUUUGUUGUUUAGGAGAAGAGUUUGUUUGUGAAGUGAUCGAUCAAUUAUCAGUUUCUGAUCUGUAAAUAUAUUGAUGUUGGUGUUCAGACGUAGUCUCAGCUGACGGGAGCGGUCGGGUUAGUUUUGUGUCAAGUUAGUUUAGAGUCAGCCGGCUUUAAUAAAGGUGGGGGGUGGGGGGGUCUUACAGAGAUGUGUGUUUAGACAGAAAUGUUUUGAGUAAAUGUCAUUGGAUUUUAUUCUAGUGUUUUUGUGAAGCUGUUUUAGGUUUUUGUCGUUUCAAAAGAUGUCAAACCAAAAGUUAUUUAACGUUUUGGAGAAAGGGGG